ACCAAAAAAACCCCAACAUUUCUACGUCCGGAAACAAACAUGGCGGCCCCCAGUGUGGCAUGAGGGUGCUUUGAGUCGUUCUGCGUUUGUGUCAGUGUGUGUACAGCUGUUUUGUCUGCAAUGGAGCGACUGUAUUUGCUAUCGCUGCUACUGUUACUGCUUCCAGCGGCGCGUGGUGUGAGCGCUCAGCAGCAGGAGGAGGAGGGUACGUGGGGUUUUCUUCAUACACAAUUGAUGCUAUUGUGGCUGAACAGGUUUUACAUCUAUUCUUGUGCUGCAAUUGGAAUUGCCAUCUGGAUCUCCAGUAAAUUUAUCUUGGGCAGGAAAAAACCACAGGUUAUUGAGCAGGGUGAAUCAGUAUCCCAGAACAGUUUUGUCUCCUUGUCAACUAAAGAAUUAAAAAGCAGUACUCUUGACAUAAAUAAUGAAAAAGAAGUGUUUGUUGCUGGUGUGAAGAUUUUCUAUGGCUCUCAGACUGGUACUGCGAAGAGAUUUGCACAUGUUCUUGCUGAAGAUAUCUCUCCACUUGGCUUGUCUGUUGAGAUUCUAAACCUGAAAGACUAUGAUCCAGAUGACCAUUUGGCAGAAGAGACAACGAGUCAAAACAUUUGCAUCUUCCUUGUUGCGACUUACACUGAUGGACUGCCUCCUGAAAGUGCCGAGUGGUUCUGCAAAUGGCUGGAAGAAGCCUCCAAUGAUUUCCGCUUUGGAAAAACCUUUCUGAAAGGCUUGAGAUAUGCAGUGUUUGGAUUAGGGAACUCUGUCUACAGCAGUCAUUACAAUACGGUUGGUAAAAACAUUGAUAAGUGGCUGUGGUUGCUGAGUGCCAGUCGUGUGAUGACUCGUGCGGAGGGAGAUUGCAAUGUUGUGAAGAGCAAGUAUGGCAAUAUGGAAGCAGACUUCAGUGCAUGGAAAGCAAAGUUCCUUCUCAGGCUGCAGGCUUUGAUGAAAGGAGAAAAGAAGACUUGCAGUGGGAAGUGUAAGAAGGGAACAUGCAAAUCUAAAAAGAAAACCCAUACUGAUGCCAUGGAGGAAGAUCAGAACAGGCACGAGGAGUCGGAGCAUGAUGGUCCUGAGGAUGAGUUGUAUGAAACCACCAGUGGUUCUGAAUCUGAAGGGGAGAGAGAGAUUGAAAGUGGUGGUCUUAUAGAUGUUGAAGAUUUAGGAAAAGCAAUGAGCAGCAUGAAAAAAGCAAAGAAAGAGCAAGAAGUUAGUGGGGAAGGUGGAAAUAUGGGAACAUCUCUUCAGAGCUCUGAAACAAAUGACCACAAUGAACCUAGAGAAAUGAUUACUCCUGCUCUCCAGGAGGCCCUCACUAAGCAAGGUUACAGACUGAUUGGAAGCCAUUCAGGUGUUAAGCUUUGCCGCUGGACAAAGUCCAUGUUGCGGGGAAGAGGAGGCUGUUAUAAGCACACAUUCUAUGGCAUUGAAAGUCACAGAUGUAUGGAAACUACACCCAGUCUGGCUUGUGCUAACAAGUGCGUCUUCUGUUGGAGACAUCAUACGAAUCCUGUAGGAACUGAGUGGAGGUGGAAGAUGGACCAGCCUGAGAAGAUUGUGGAGGAAGCCAUUGUGAAUCACCAAAACAUGAUUAGACAAUUUAAAGGGGUGCCUGGCGUGAAACUUGACCGUUUUGAGGAGGGUAUGGCUGUCAAACACUGUGCUCUCUCCUUAGUAGGGGAACCAAUAAUGUACCCUGAGAUCAAUCAACUUAUCCGGUUGCUUCAUCAUCAACAAAUAUCUAGUUUCCUAGUCACAAAUGCACAAUUCCCAAAGGAAAUAAGGUCUCUGGAGCCGGUCACACAGCUGUAUGUGAGUGUUGAUGCAAGUACCAAAGACAGCCUUAAGAAAAUUGAUCGCCCACUCUUUAAGGAUUUUUGGCAAAGGUUUCUUGACAGCUUGACGGCCUUGGCAGAAAAGCAACAAAGAACAGUAUAUAGGCUGACUCUUGUGAAGGCUUGGAAUGUGGAUGAACUGAAAGCCUACUCUGACCUCGUGGUUCUUGGUAAACCAGAUUUCAUCGAAGUGAAGGGUGUUACCUACUGUGGAGAGAGUUCUGCCAGCAACCUAACCAUGGCAAACGUUCCUUGGCAUGAAGAAGUCAUUAACUUUGUCCAGGAAUUAACAGAUCUGCUGCCCGAUUAUGAAGUUGCAUGUGAGCAUGAACAUUCCAACUGUAUGCUGAUUGCUCACAAAAAGUUCAAGAUUGAUGGGGAAUGGUGGACCUGGAUUGAUUAUGAGAGAUUUCAAGAACUGAUACGGGAAUACGAGGAGAGUGGAGGGAACCAGACAGUCUCAGCUUUGGACUACAUGGCAAAAACUCCUAAGUGGGCUCUGUUUGGUUCCACAGAGAGGGGCUUUGAUCCUGUAGAAACACGUUUUCAACGGAAAAAUAAAACAAAGGACAUAUCUGGCUGUUAGUUUACAACAAUGUGACUUUUGUUUUUUUAGGUCUUUAUUUUUUUUUUCUUUCCCUUCAUUUUAAUAAAUUGCAGUUAGGAAAAAUAUUAGAUGCGUAAAGAAAAAAAAUGGGCAUGACUGUUAUUUUAAUGUUUGAGUUUUGAGUACUGAGUAAGAAUUUAAUAUCCACAAAUUUGCAUCUUGAAGAAAUAUUUUGUUUUUUAAUCUGAGCUUCAAAAUGGUUUUCUUUAACUUUACUAUCAUUUUUGCAACAAAUUGACCAAAUGCUUUGUCUCUAAAAAAGAAAUCCUAUGUACCAUAUGAAAAGCCUGUGAGAUGCAGGCACAGACAUGUUUCCGGCGCGUUAGCCCUAUUUUAAUAGCGCCAAUAAAUUAAAAGACACAGGUUGCGUUUGCCUUCCAGAUUAUUCCUGCUUUAAAGAUACAGGCUCACUCACUAGAAUCCUGCCAUACAUGCAUCUCACAGGCUAUUGCAUAAGGCCCUGUAUCUUCACGCUAAAGUAAAUCUUUGUAUGAAAGUGAACACAUUUGGAAGAGUUGUAACUGGUACCCAGCUCGAUUAGAUGUCAGAUCCAUUUACAGCAUCCAUACGACUGUAUUUCUUUUUAUUUAUAUUUUUUAUAUCAAGAAAAGACUAAAAUGUUUCCUAAAGAUACAUAUUUUAUUCUUCCUUUCAGGAAAAAUAUAUAACUGGCCUUUAGUGUAUUAACUGUGUAUAAGGGUGUCAAGUAUUAUCAACCAAUCAUACUACACCUCUUUUAGAGUUCCGCUUUUUGGUGUAUGUGGGGGGUUUUUCUUAUUUUUAUUAGGUGAAGCCCCAAAGGUUGAUAUGUAAUUAAUAUAUAGCGCUACAAGUGUGAGUGUAGCAGUUUUGUGGGACCUUAAAUGUAGCCAUUACAAAUAGAAGUUAAUUUCAUUUCUGACAAUUUGGAGACUGCAAAAACAGAUUUGGGGACCUAUCUUUGAGUCUCCGCACCAGUAAUGCCGGCAUCAUUAACAUGUUUUGAAAAUUCAUGUUUACAACAAUGGGGGUAAUUCAGACCUGAUUGUAGCAGCAAAGUUGUUAGCAGUUGGGCAAAACCAUGUACACUACAGGUGUGGCAGAUAUAACAUUUUCAGAGAGAGUUAGAUUUGGGUGGGUUAUAUUGUUUCUGUGCAGGGUAAAUACUGGCUGCUUUAUUUUUACACUGCAAUUUAGAUAUCAGUUUGAACACACCCCACCCAAAUCUUACUCUCUCUGCACAUGUUAUAUCUACCCCCCACCCCCUGCAGUGCACAUGGUUUUGCCCAACUGCUAACAAAUUUGCUGCUACGAUCAGGUCUGAAUUACCCCCAAUGUUAGUGCAUUGUCUACCUAUCUGUAUGGUUAAAGAUGGUCUCUCUUGGGAUAAGUUUAUAUACUAGGCAAAUGUAGCACACACAUUUACUCCAUGCCCAAAGGUAUAUAUACAUUUUAAUUUGUGUUUUAUAAAUGUAUUGGAAAAAUGGGGGGGAAAAAUCUUCAUUUUACGGAAAGCUAUUUUUUUCUGUUUUCUCUAUAGUAUUGUAAGAAUGGAUUUUCAGUAGUAAGAACUUUUUCAUUUUACUAGGAAAAGUCUGCUAUAAAGCUUCAAUUUAAUGACCCUAUUGAUUGAAAAGAUUUUGUGUUUCCGUCCUUUUUGUAAAAUAAUAAAGUUGUUGCUGAGAAUUGA